CGUUGAUACAUGCGUAACAUUGGCGUCUUUUGACAGAAUUCCAUAUUGCUUAGUUGGUACAAAUUGUCGUACACCGGCUGGCCCCUGAAAAGUCUACAGCAGGGUCGUGGGCUUUGAUGCUACAUCAUGGAAAGCAAGCCAUGAAACUUAGUACAGUUUUUUCAUCCUAUAGAACAUGGCAAUCUGGUGACAUACUGGGCAUUUGCACGAGGAACCCCUGCACAUUGGGAUUUUCUAUGAAAGGCCAGAAAGGAACCAGGUUGGAUACAUAUGACAGGAUAUACCUGUCGAUGCUGUUGCCGGCGUUCGGUGUGCUGCUCGUAAAUGGUGCCUCGAUUAAAAUAAGAUAUCUCGUUGUGGACAAAACUUAUGCAUAUUCCACAUCAUGUAUUCCUACAGUUUCUGAACCUUUCCUGAAUGCUUUUCGCGAUAGUGAAGCGGUAACAUGCGUGGUUGGACCCGGCUUACUAAACUCCUGGAUCAGGACCACUUACUUCAUCUACGUUGAUCUGGUGGGAGACCUAUGGAGAGCCUUUGCCAUUCCUAUUCUGCGUGAUGAGUGAUAGCUUCAGCGAAAGUUUC